CUGAAAACACACGGAUCACUGUUUUAAAUCAUCUAUAAUCGUGAUAAGAUCAAAUCCAACGAUCACCAUUUGCUUAAUGCCACAUCCAAACAACACUCAUCCUCUAUAAAACCACGCUUAAUACUUCUCCAAUUACAUCGUCGUCUUCCCUUCCCCAUCGACAUACUAGAAACACUUCAUCCCGCACAAGUCACGGUAAGAAUCUAGUGUCACCAUGGACACCACUAGGAAGGUGAAGAAAGGUGUUGGAGGGAGAAAGAAAGGAGGCCUAAAGAAAAAGCCGGUUUCAAGGUCAAUGAAGGCUGGUCUCCAAUUCCCCGUCGGGAGGAUUGGACGUUACCUUAAGAAAGGAAGGUACGCUAAGCGUGUUGGUACUAGUGCUUCUGUUUACAUGGCUGCUACUCUCGAAUAUCUGACUGCUGAGGUUCUUGAGUUGUCUGGAAAUGCUGCUCUUGACAAUAUGAAGAAACAGAUUAGUCCGAGGCACAUUAUGCUGGCAGUUAGGAACGAUGAAGAGCUGGGGAAAUUGUUGGAUGGGGUCACCAUUGCUUAUGGUGGUGUUGUCCCUAAAAUCAACCCAGCGCUGCUGUUUGAGAAGAAAGCUGGUAAGGCUCCCAAAACAUCCAAGUCUCCGAAGGAGUCAAAUGCCCCCAAGGAGGCCAAUUCUACCUCUAAGGAUGUUGAGCCCUAAAAUAAUUGUUUUUUGAAAUCUUUGGUCAAUCUUAAGUUUUUGUUCUUAAAUUGUAUUCAGAUCAAAGAUCUU